AUGUGCAUCUAAUGCACUGUCAUAAUUAUAAAUAAAUUGUGAGAACAUGGAAUCAAAGUUCAAAAAUAAAUAAAUGAUAAUUAUCUCUAUCAGUUUUUUUUUUAAAGCAAACUUGUCAUCAUAAACAUGUGCUGUCAUUUUUAAAUAUAAUUUGUGUAUUAGUCAUUACACUGAUUUAUUAAAGAAAAAAAAAAUGAAGAAAAUUAAAGAUGUCAACAAUGGAAAUUAAUGAUUUUACUUGUCAUCCCGUUUUUAUAUCAUUAAGGGAUAAAUUUAAAAAUAAAUAUGAAUUAGCAUCAACUAAUUGUUGGACCAUAUGCAUUCCACCAAAGGAAUUAUUUAAAAAUUCAAUUAUCACUGAUGACUUUUUUGAUGGUCAUAUUUUAAAACCAGUACCAGAACUAGCAGAUCAUUACGUUUCGACGGAUCCCCAAGAGUCAAAGCUUUAUAAAUUUGAUGGAGAUGUCAUUAAAUUUGUAGAAAAAAAUGACGGGUCUACUCCAUCAUCAGCGCGAGAAGUUAAAAUUUUAAAUUUAAAUACUGCGAAAGGAUGUGAUAAACUUGAAGGAUUCACUGUUGUUUUCAUAGAUCGACUAUUGUAUGAUAUAUAUACGAAUCCGAGAGCAUCACAUGAUACAACUGAACUUAAAUUAAAUAAGUCAAUUACGUCGUACAGAGAGGCCUUAGAUUUUUUGUAUCAAGUAUUAAAUAUUUGUAAUUACUCAUUAGCAGACUUGAAAGACGACACAAAGUCAAUAGACAUCGAUAAAUAUGAGUCCGCAAAUGAAUUAGGGAACGUAAUUCAAGAAUGGAUAAAACGACACUGGGCAAAGGUGAUGAAUCUUUUCAAUUUAAAUAUCCAAAGCGAUGGACGUUUUCAAAAACUACUGAGUUUGUCACUGGAAAUCUUUAUCAUGAAUCAUUUACACACGGGAAUAUACUCAUUGUUAAGCGACGCCUUGAAUCAGGAUGACUUGUGUAUAAAAGAAAAAAUAGACAAGUUGAUAAGUUUGGGAGUGACACCUGACCAGUUGGGAGUAAAAGAAGCUUUCGCCAUCUCCAUGCCUUCGGCGAUUGUAGAGUUGGCAACUCUUGACGCCCGUCGAGCUCCGUUUGAAAAAUUUAUUUGUUUGAAAAGUACUCUGGACCUGGUAAUCGCUGAAGUAAAAGGUGCGCUAGCGGAAAUUGAAUCUCAAAUAGACCCGAUUUCUCAUGCUGAUGAGGAUGAGGAUUUGGUUAGUGCUGAUUAUUUAAAAAUGAUUUCGACUGAUGAUUUCACUUCGUUGCUUGUCUAUGUGAUCGUCAAAUCACGGCCGCGCAGACUGAUAACAGAUUUGCAUUACAUAGAAAACUUUUUGUGGACAACUUCUCCACUGGAUGGUCUUACGCACACGAUAGUUACCUAUAAGAAUGCAUUGCAUUGGCUCAAUGAUGUCAAUCCUGAUGAUUUGCCAUCGAGAAGUAGUAAAGUGAGAAAUGAGUUACCGAUAACUGAAGUCUUGGAUGUCGUGUCUAAGUAUGAUGAUCAUUCAGACAGCACGCCGAUAGAUAGACAAGUUCGCGAACUGGCUGCGAUGAUAGAAAAAUGCACUCGGACGUCUGAUAAUUAAAAGUCUUGUAAAAUUUAAUGAGGAAUUGAUUGAGUGGAGAUCGAAAUUAUCUGACUGGAAAAAUUUUCUGACUUUUCCAGUCGACUGUCACUUUGAUAAAAUUAUUUGUUUUAAAAAUUUUAAUUCUGCAUGUGCAAGAGGUAAAAAAAGUAAAUUAUAAAUUAAAAAAGAAAUAGAUUAAUUUAUUAU